AUGGAUAUUGAUUCAUCUUUAGAAGAGUUUGAGACCAAGGAGAUUACCAUAACAAUACUAAUUGUUGAGUACCUACCUGAAGAUGAUGAAAGUGCUUCAGGAGAGAGCAUCGAUGAAGGCGGAGUUUUGUUAGAAGACAGUAGCAAUGAAGAGGGAGAAUUCAGUUUCAGAUCAGACAUGAUAAGUGAGGUUCGAAUUAAGGAACUCGAGACCGGGCUCCGUGCCUACCUGGCGAAGCAACUGACGACUGUGGAGACUGCCAUCGUCACUGCCAUCGUCACCGCCCAUGGUGCCUUUAUCAGAGCCCUCAUGAUCUCUCACGUCGGACACUGUCAUCUCCACCCCUUAUACGUGCUCAAGAACAUGUUCUUCUUGCAUGAAUUGCAGGCUUUUGCAGGUGGCCCCUUAGUGCAAGCUCGAAAUUUUGUUGUCAUGACAGGUACUAAUGCAGGCAUAUCAUGCGUGAUGAAAAGGAUAAGAGGAGUGGAGGAUAUGCAUAGUAGUAUGGUUGCAGCAUUUGGUUCUGGUGCGAUGUUUUCAUUGGUCAGUGGCAUUGGAGGUUCAAACCAGGCUGUGAAUGCGGUUACCUCAGGAUUAUUUUUUGCACUAAUUCAAGGUGGAUUCUUUAUCGAAAGCGAAAGAUUCACAAAGCCACCAGCUGAUGACAUGUUCUACUCCCGCACAAAAGGAAUGUUAACAUGCCUCGGCCUUCAGAACUAUGAGAAGAACUUCAAGAAAGGCAUUUUCAAUGAUGCUACUCUUCCCCUUCUCACAGAUAGUGCUCUUCGAGAUGUCAAUAUUCCUCCUGGGCCUAGGCUUCUCAUUCUUGAUCACAUACAAAGGAACCGUGAUUUGGUCUAA